AUGAAUUCAGCAUCAGCAGUGUUUCUUUCUUUUCUUUCUUUUCUUUCUUUCUUUCUUUUUCGGUUUCGGAAUCCUUGGCAGAUGUCGUUGAGUUUAUCGCGCUUCUGCCGCCUCAAGCUUCGCCAACCAUCAACUACAGCGCAGGAGCACCCGCGACAACUGAAACAGCUUCCAUAUGGCUGCUCAUCAGCGCGUCUUUUCACUCAAUUAGCUGUUAUUGUUAUUUUGCUAUUCUCCUCCGUUUCUUGGUCUCCCUCUCUCUCACCCAUUGCCGCGAUGCGUUCUCGAUCGCCCUCCCGGUCCCGAUCUCCCUCUCCAGCACACUCCCGCGGUCGUCGUAGGUCGCAUACACCUGUUCGCUCGCAUUCGCGGCGGAGGUCUCCUUCGUUGCGAUCCCGCCAUUCAGAUGCCUCGCGAUCCCGGGCCCGCUUGAGAGAUGCAAGCCCCGGUCUGUCACCAAGGCGGAAUGGGCAUCGGGAUGGAAGCAGAUCUCCCCCUCCACGCAAUAGAACCCGCAGUAGAAGCUUGAGCAGAGGUCGCGGCGAUCGUCGAUAUCGAGACAGAAGCUUCACACGAAACCCAAGCCGCGGUACCCCUCCUCGGACCAGUUCGAAGAUUGUUGUUGAGAAGUUAACCAAGAACGUGAAUGAAAAUCAUCUACGCGAAAUUUUCGGCGCCUAUGGGGAAAUACAAAGCUUGGAAUUGCCCAUGAACCCACAAUUUAUGAUCAACCGCGGCACCGCCUAUAUUCUAUACUACGAAGUAGCAGAUGCGGAAGCAGCUAUAUCGCAUAUGCACGAAGCGCAACUUGAUGGCGCUGUCCUCAACGUAUCCAUUGUCCUGCCUCGCCGCACGUUUUCUCGCUCUCCUCCGCCAGCUCGGAACAGGGGUGAUUUUGGCCGCUUUGACCGACCUGCUCACGGGAGGCCUUAUGGUCGAGGAGCCGGCUUGGAUUCUGGAAGACCUCCGCCUUCGGGAGGCCGGUAUCGCUCUCCCCCGCCCCGUCGUGCAUCCCCCCGGCGUUUUGCCGGUCCCCGCGGCAUGGAAAGACACGAUCUAUAUCGUCCUCGGUCGAUUUCGAGAUCACGCUCCCCGCGGGGUCGCUCGCCUUCCUAUUCCUCGCGAUCGCGUUCCAGAACUCCGCCGCCACGCAGAAGGCCUCAUAGGGAUAGCCCCCCUCGUCGUAGGAGACGGGCCUCCAGCUACAGUAGCUACAGCGACCGUGGCCGGAGCCGGAGCAGAAGCAGAAGCCUGAGUCGCAGCCGAAGUCCUAGUCAGAGCCGCAGCCGUCGCGGUGGCGGAAGGCGGUAGGUGGUUAUUUCCUAGGAGGUGGUUCUACUAAUGUAUUUGUUUCCUAAAACUAUUGUAACUUCUAUGCGAAACGGUGAGCGAUAGGGAAAAAAGGACCUACAGGGCCUAUGGUUUCAUAGUCAUGGCGUAUGAAAUAAUACACUCGUUUCGGAUUACAGUGCUAUGCUUUAGGGAGUGAGUUGGGAAAAAAAGAAAGAAAAAAAAAUUACUCAAUUGAAGGCCCAUCAUUAAACCCGUGUAGAAUCCAUCACCCUUAGAUGCAAAGGGUCUAGGCGAGAAUCAAUCAAAAAACUGACUCAG